AUGGAUGUAAAGAAUACAUUUCUCAAUAGAGAUCUCAAUGAGGAAGUUUAUAUGGAACCUCCUCGUGGUUCCUCUAUUCCAUUCUCCAAAACAGAGCAUGGUACUAUUCUUCGUCUUCUAUAUGUGGAUGAUAUGAUCAUCACUAGAGAUGACACAGUGGAUAUCUUUAGUCUCAAACAAUUUCUCAGUCGCCAAUGUGAGAUGAAGGAUUUGGGUUUUCUCAACUAUUUUCUUAGCUUAGAAAUCUCUCAUGAUCCGUCUGGUAACUUUCUCUCCCAGGCCAAGUAUACUUCUGAUCUCUUGGCUCAUGUUGGUCUUACUAAUUGCAAGACUGCCUCUACUCCCAUUGACCCUCAGACUCGUCUCACCCUUCUUGAUGGUCACGUGUUGUCUAAUGCUACUUUAUAUCAUCAGCUAGUUAGCAGUGUUGUCUAUCUCAUGGUUACUCGUCCACACAUUGCUUAUGUUGUUCACAUUGUUAGUCAGUUCAUGGUUGUUCCUCACUUUCCACACUAUGAUGCUCUAGUUUGCAUUUUAUGCUAUCUCAAAGGAACUAUGUUUCAUGGUCUUCACAACUCCGCUCACUCUUCCGUACAGUUACAUACAUUUUCUGAUGCGAAUUGGGCAGGGGACCCUACUGAUCGCCGCUCUACUACAGGGUUCUGCUUCUUCUUGGGUGACUCUCCCAUUGCUUGGCGUAGCAAGAAGCAAACUCUUACUGCUCGUUCUAGUACUGAGACUGAAUAUCGUGCUCUUGCUGACACUACUCAGGAGCUUGUGUGGCUUCGAUGGCUUCUUUCUGACAUAGGGAUUUCUCAUCCUACUGCUACUAACCUCUACUGUGACAAUCAGAGUGCUAUUAAGAUUGCACAUAAUGAUGUCUUCCAUGAUCGCACCAAACACAUUGAAAUUGAUUGUCACUUCAUACGACAACAUGUUACUAGUGGCACUGUUCGACUUCUCUUUGUUACCUCUGCUAAUCAGACAAUAGAUAUCUUUACCAAGGCUCAUCCCCCAAGACGCUUUUCUGACUUACUUUCCAAGCUCAAGUUGUUAUAUGCAUUACCACCUUAA